AUGUCGUAUAUCCCUCCCCACCUGAGAAACUCGAGCUCAACCACCACCAUAACUACUUCCAGAACUAACUCACUGCCUCUAACAGACACGAACGAUCACGCUAACCUCUCUCAUUCCUCUUCAAAUGUCAACUCCAAAACCACCACUUCCUCCUCCGCCACUUCUUCGUCCUCGACAUUCAACUCGCGUCGGAGCUCCGGCGGUGUCGCUCGAACAAUCUCUGUUCCUGAACCUGUUUUUCCUAAGUGGACGCCCUCCGACCGCGUUCUUCGAUUCAAUCCUGAUCAGAUUGAAGAAAUUCGGUCUCGGCUUAAUAUAGAUGUCAGCGUUGCUUCGGGUUCACCUCCUGCACCUGCGCCUAUUGAAUCAUUUGAAGAUAUGUGUUUGCAUCAAAGUAUCAUGAAGGAUAUUGCGUAUCAUGAAUAUACGAGACCGACUUCAAUUCAGGCUCAGGCAAUGACAGUUGCGCUUAGUGGAAGGGAUUUGUUGGGUUGUGCUGAAACUGGUAGUGGAAAAACUGCUGCAUUUACCAUUCCUAUGAUACAGCAUUGCUUGGCUCAACCUCCUGUUCGGCGUGGUGAUGGACCAUCGGCAUUGGUGUUGGCUCCUACCAGAGAACUUGCUCAGCAGAUUGAAAAGGAGGUUAAAGGUUUUAGUAGAUCUCUCGAGUCCUUUAGAACUGCGAUCGUGGUGGGUGGAACAAAUAUUGCUGACCAGAGGUCUGAGCUACGAAUGGGAGUCGAUGUAAUUGUUGCUACUCCUGGAAGAUUCAUUGAUCAUUUACAACAAGGAAACACUUCCCUUUCUAGAAUUUCAUUUAUAAUUCUGGAUGAAGCUGACAGAAUGCUUGACAUGGGGUUUGAACCACAGAUUAGAGAGGUUAUGCGCAACCUUCCAGAAAAGCAUCAAACUUUGCUGUUCAGUGCAACUAUGCCUGUGGAAAUUGAAACACUAGCACAGGAAUACUUAACUAGCCCUGUGCAAGUUAAGGUAGGAAAAGUGAGUAGCCCAACUGCAAAUGUGUCUCAAAUUCUGACAAGGGUUUCUGAAAGUGAGAAGGUAACAUCUGUUCUUUCGAGUUUGUGUGAUCCAUCGAUUAAUCAGAUUGGUAGCGUUGUGAAAGCAUUUAUUGUGGUGCAGAUUGAUUGCAUUCUAGCUCUGCUUGUGGAGGUUGCAACUCAGGCUGAAAGAUCCAAUCUACCCUUUCCCUUGACUAUUGUGUUUGUGGAGAGGAAGACAAGGUGCAAUGAAGUUACUGAAGCUUUGGUAGCACAAGGCUUACAGGCAGUUGCUCUUCAUGGUGGCCGUAGCCAGAGUGAAAGAGAGGCUGCUCUGCAUGAUUUUAGGAGUGGCUCUAACAAUAUUUUGGUUGCCACUGAUGUUGCAUCUCGUGGAUUGGAUGUAACUGGAGUUGCUCAUGUAAUUAAUCUGGAUCUCCCGAAGAAGUAUCCUGAAAUCUCAGCUUGUGUUGAGGCUAACCAGAACCAUGCCUUGAGGUACAUCAUGGCCAAUUUCUCAGCUUGCGGUCAUGGAAUCUUUGCAAUGGAAGAUUAUGUGCAUCGAAUUGGAAGGACAGGCCGUGCAGGAUCAACUGGCCAAGCUACUUCAUUUUACACUGAUCGAGAUCUGUUCCUGGUGGCACAAAUAAAGAAAGCAAUUGCAGAUGCUGAAUCGGGGAACACAGUGACUUUUGCAACUGGCAAGGCUGCGAGAAGGAAAGAGAGAGAAGCAGCAGCUUCCUUUAGCGAAGCUAGGAAUGCCCUGUCCAAGGUGACGGGGCCCACAUGUAUAAACAUUGAGGAUAAGUAUAGGUUCAUGAUAUCCCCUUCGAUCAUUAGAAGCGAGGGUGCAGCUGACAGUGCUUGGGAUGAUUAA